AUGGCGUUUUCUAUGAGAGAAAAUCCCAGACUUCUUAACUGCCUGGACUCUGACAUUCCAGCCCUGUCUACAUGCAGCAAUGCAGAUGCAUUCUGCAGGAUGAACACCAUGCUGGGCAAUUCACUGGACCUCAGUGGGGUGUGCACAACUCCUACUGCCAAGUGCAAGAGAGAUCCUUUUAAUGAUCGUCCGGACUCGGAACUGUCUGCGGUCCGAAGCAGGAUGCUUUUUCCCAGCGGUGGCCAGGAUUCGUCCAGGGGUCUGCCCGAUAUCAGUAACUGGGGUCUGGGCCUACAGUCACUCAGCCUGUCUGACUGGGAGAGACCGUGGAGCAGCCAUGAUACAGAACCUUCUCCACAGAGCAACAUAGCCUCACUACAAGGGAUUUUGGGUACUCCCAGUCAGCUUUCAAACAAGCUUCCAAGCUACUCCAAUGAGUCCUCCAUUGGUGCCACAGACUUCCUAGAAAAGUUUCCAGGCAUGGCACGCUUAAAUUCUCAGUCUUUCCUGGACUCUAACUCCAUCAGCCCUGUGGACUCUGAGACCAGCGGCUUCAGCUCUGGUUCUGAUCACCUCUCAGACCUGUUGUCGUCUUUGAGGAUCUCUCCGUCUGUGCCCUUCCUUAUGUCCAGUAUGCAGAGGGAUCCCCUUAAGCUAGCUCUGGGCUCUCGUUUUGACCACAGAAGCUCUUCCCUCACACCACCACCCAGUGCCACCCCAACAGAUGGUCUGUCCCACCGCUGGCCUGGUGCCUCCAUCUGGCCCAACUGGGACCUUCUAAAGACCCCUGAGAGCCCCUUCAGCAUUGAAAGAGAGGCCUGGCUUCACAGACAGGCUGCCUCAAUCAAUGAAGCUACUUUCACAUGGAGUGGACAGCUGCCCCCCAGACACUACCAAACCCCCAUCUACUCCUGUAAGGUCUUUUUAGGUGGUGUUCCCUGGGACAUUACAGAAGCUGGCUUGGUAAACACUUUUAAAUGUUAUGGCCCUCUGAGUGUGGAGUGGCCAGGUAAGGAUGGCAAGCACCCUCGCUGCCCUCCGAAAGGUAAUAUGCCCAAAGGUUAUGUGUACUUGGUGUUUGAGUCGGAGAAGUCUGUGCGUGCCCUGCUCCAGGACUGCACGGAGGACCUGCUCCAUCCUGAGGGCUAUAGCGAGUAUUACUUCAAAAUGUCCAGCAGGAGGAUGCGCUGCAAAGAUGCACAGGUGAUCCCUUGGGUGAUUUCUGACAGUAACUUUGUGAGUUGCCCCUCUCAGAGGCUGGACCCUCGGAACACUGUUUUUGUAGGAGCUCUGCAUGGCAUGCUCAAUGCUGAAGCCCUGGCCAGCAUAAUGAAUGAUCUGUUUGGAGGAGUUGUGUAUGCAGGCAUUGACACAGACAAGCACAAAUACCCAAUUGGCUCUGGGCGUGUAACCUUUAACAACCAACGCAGUUACCUGAAAGCAGUGAGUGCUGCGUUUAUUGAGAUCAAGACACCCAAAUUUACAAAGAAGGUUCAGAUUGACCCAUACCUAGAGGAUGCCAUCUGUCAAUCAUGCAGUCGUGAGCCUGGGCCGUUCUUCUGCAGGGACAAGACCUGCUUUAAAUACUACUGUCGCUCCUGCUGGCAUCGGCAGCAUUCCAUGGACAUCCUCAGCAACCACCGCCCUCUGAUGAGAAACCAGAAGAAGCGGGACUCCAACUGAAGCCACGCAUGGCAGCACUAUGCCUCCAGCCUGGUAGUCCAUUUUGCACCUGCUCCCCUGGGGGACUGGUCCAGAGUUGGUUCCCCCCCUCCCCCACCCAAAAA